AUGACGCUACAGUUAAAGGCACUCAACAGAACGACAACGAACAAGUCUCGUUGCCCAGGCCUCGUCUUUCGUCCGGGCGCGCCCUCUGGAACAGACAACGGCAAACCUCACAUUUGCUGCUAUAUCAAAGACAAUUUAGACUUAGUCGAUCGCCUUCCAGCUUUGUCUCGUGUGGAUCUCGGAUACCUCGACAUGUUCAUACAAGUGUAUCCCCAUCCAUCCGACGAUUUCUUCGCCGACCCCCCGCUCGACGAGUCCAGCGACAGUGCACCGGAAGGAUGGGAGUUCAUGGCUGCUUACGGUGAUAAAGACCAGAAGAAACUUAGACGCAGGGCUCACGGUCAGCACAUAUCUCUCGUCCACGAAGUACUCGCUCGGCAACACCGACGAUGUCUAUACACCGCUAUUCUAUGUGGCCAUAACAUACGUCUCUUGCGAUGGGAACGCGGUGGAUGCGUAGUCACCCAGUCACUUGAUAUCUCAACCGCUGCAGAGGGCUUCUGUACUUUCUUAUGGCACUUCUCACAUGCAUCACCGGCGAGGCGAGGCUUCGACACGUCCGUGGGAUGGGCCUCUCAAGAAGCGGAAACGGUAUUCCGAACAGCGAUCACUGAUCACGUUGCUGCCCAGCUUCAAGUCGAGGGCGAAGACUUGGUCAAGGCGGUCUCGGAGCAUUACGAGCCUGGGAAUGUCAAGAUUCUUACAGUUCUAGGGUAUCGCCUCCCCUCCUUACCGGUCAACAUUCACAAUUACAUCGUGUCGAGGCCCGUUAUCACUCCAACACAUCUGCGUACCAGAGGCACUAGAGGAUACUGGGCUAUUGAUGUGGACACCCUCGAUGUUGUCUUCGUCAAGGAUACAUGGUGGUUCCACGGCAACGACGGACCGGAAGGCAAUCUCAUCGAACGUCUCAAUAGGGCUGGUGUGGACUUUGUGCCCUCGUUCGUCUGGCAUGGUGUUGUCCCCACUACCUCAACCGAGGAUGGACGCAUUUACGAAGGUGAGCACUCCGGCCCCCGACGCGUGUCGUUGUCCCGGCAAGUACACUAUCGACUGGUGGUCGGCACUGUCGGUUAUGGAAUCCAGCGGUUUAGUGGAACGUCGGAGUUGUUGCACGCAACUUACGAUGUCUUCCAUGCGAUGAUACAGGCUUUGGCGAAGGUCUCUAUGCUACAUCGAGAUAUCAGCGUCGGGAACAUCAUCAUCGUCCGAGAGAACGCGCAACCCCUGAGAAGAGGUUAUCUCAUCGACUGGGAUGCUUCGCUACCAGCCGAUGAAGAAGGCAAUGUCAAAUGGCUAAUCAAUGUCGCUUUUCGUUUCAAGGGGACCUAUAUGUUUGCCUCUCGCCAGCUUGCCGCCAUUGGAGACAGUUCGCAUUCUAGGUUGCAAGACGACAUGGAAUCUCUGCUAUACGUGAUCCUGUACUGCGCCUUCCUCUGGCUUCCUCACACCGCACCCGAGGAGAGGCUGAAGACCUCUGUAUACAUGAUGUUCGAGCGCGAUUGUGCCGAACGUGGGAUUGCCAACGGUGCUGCCAAGCUCAGCAACGCCGUCAGCCGUAUACACACAUCGGGCUUUGACUGGCCGCCUCUAUUUCGGGAGUGGUUGGACGAGGCAUUGGGGUACAACGGGCCGCAACAUCAAGAGCGAUACCAAGACAAAUGGGAUGAUCCAGUCCACUUGGACACCUAUUGGGGCAAUUUCUUGAAGAGUCACGAAAGCGACUUGCCUGUCGACGAUCGCACAGAGCACGAUAAUUCCCGAGUUGCUGGAGUAGAGGAUCCUUCUCGGAAGCGUCCACGAGAAUCCCCAUCCUCUUCCAGAGAAGGCUCUGCGCCUCCUCCGAAAGACCAAGCUCUCCGGAUCUCACCUGCGCCUCCACCACCUGAGGACGACGGCCCCGCGGGUGACGCAACUGAGAAUAUCGACCCACCUCUCGCAAUUCCCGCUGAUACUUCUAAGCCCAUACGUCGUAGUAUCAGAUUACUGAACAAACUUCGUAUGGCCACGAACUCAGUCGGAGAAGCAGCUACCCUCGUUCGCAACAAUUCAGGUCGGCCGCAGCGCAGGGGGGAGGUUUUAGGCGUAAUCCGACGCGUGGUGCAACACAAUAGCGGCGUUCUCUCUUGUUCUAGUGUCCUCAUCUGUAUACGAUCGUCUAGCAACACCCGCAUCAUCGAAUGA